UUUGUAUCCGCUUUGUCCAUAUUUGGCUAAGACCCACCCCUUUCCUCUGAUUGUUUGCCUCCAUGUAGAAGACCCACUUGUGAGAGCAUACGUGUUUGUUAUGUUGAAAGCGCUGGCUCGGCAGAGGGGAGGUAGGUGGAAAUCUUCACUAGUGUCAGGUCACUGGGUAAUAAAUCAAUGUUGAUUAAUGACAUCAUUAUAACCUAUGAUCUGGACUUUUUGUUACUAAAUGAAACGGAGUUAACAGGAAGUAGCUGUAAUACCAUUUUAAACGAGGCAACACCAGCAAAUUUUUAUUUUAUGAACAAGUGUCGAAUAGGGAAAAAAGGUAUUGCUGCUAUUUUUAAGUCAUUAUUUCAGUGUAGGUGGCACGGUGGCCAACUGGUUAGCGCAUCUGCUUCACAGUUCUGAGUACUGGGGUUCAAAUCCUGGCCCUGGCUGUGUGGAGUUUGCAUGUUUUCCCCGUGUGCCCCGGGUUUUCUCCGGGCACACCGAUUUCCUCCCACAUCCCAAAAACAUGCGUGGUAGGUUGAUUGAAGUCUCGAAAUUGCCCGUAGGUGUGAAUGUGAGUGCGAAUGGUUGUUUGUUUCUAUGUGCCCCGCGAUUGUCUGUCGACCGGUAACCUGCAUCCCGCCCAAAGAUAGCUGGGAUAGGCUCCAGCAGCCCGCGACCCUAGUGAGGAGAAGCGGUAAAGAAAAUGGAUGGAUGGAUGGAGGUUCACGUUCGCACAAAAUAUGAACUACUUCAUGAGCUUUCGUUGAUUGAACAACGUUCAGAUACAACACUGGGCACAUAUAGAACACACUGUUCAUACAGUGUGUUCUAUUUUUGGGCUUAAAACAAAGCUUUAAAUCCUUCCCGAGCCAAUUAAGUGAAGCCAAAGUAGCAUUCAAAGCUCCUACAAAUACAGCUUUCGGUCACAUUUAGAGAGAUAUACAGGUGUAGGAAGAUCUGCAAGAAAAUCGUUGCCAUUCUAUAUACUAUAAAAAUAGACAUUUAGUUUUUCUCACAAAACAGGUAGAAAAAUGAGAAGAAAUCAUCCCCUGGAGCUCCCAAGUGACUUCUGGAUCCCUAUUCCUUUGGACACCAACAACAUCACUUUAUUCAGCCCGUUCCUGGUUCCCCAAGAUCACCUGGGGAGCAAGGCCAUUUUUUAUUCCAUGUCAGCAUUUAUGCUCUUUAUAUUUGUCACUGGCACAGCAAUCAAUAUUGCCACUAUCGCAUGCACUGUUAAAUACAAGAAACUACGAUCUCACCUGAACUACAUCCUGGUAAACUUGGCUGUGGCGAACCUCCUUGUCUCCUGUGUGGGCUCCUUCACCUGCUUUUACUGCUUUGCCUUCCGAUACAUGAUUCUUGGAGCACUCGCGUGCAAGAUUGAAGGAUUUACUGCAACUCUCGGUGGUAUGGUUAGCCUCUGGUCUCUGGCAGUAGUCGCUUUUGAAAGGUGGCUGGUUGUGUGCAAACCUCUGGGAAACAUUGUGUUCAGACCUAAUCAUGCUAUUGCUUGCUGUGCAGCAACUUGGCUUUUUGCUUUGAUUGCUGCAGUUCCGCCGCUUUUUGGGUGGAGUCGGUAUAUCCCUGAGGGAAUGCAGUGCUCUUGUGGUCCGGAUUGGUACACGUCCGACAACAAGUUUAACAAUGAGUCCUAUGCGAUGUUCCUCUUCUGCUUCUGCUUUGCAGUGCCAUUCUUCACUAUUGUUUUCUGCUACUCACAGCUACUUAUUGUGCUGAAAUCUGCCGCAAAAGCCCAGGCUGAGUCAGCUUCUACUCAGAAAGCAGAGAGGGAGGUGACUAGGAUGGUUGUUGUCAUGGUGCUGGGCUUCCUGGUGUGCUGGAUGCCGUACGCCUCCUUUGCUCUUUGGGUUGUCAACAACCGUGGGCAACCUUUUGACCUGAGAUUGGCCACCAUACCCUCCUGUUUUUCUAAAGCCUCUACAGUCUACAACCCAUUCAUCUACAUCUUUCUCAACAAACAGUUCCGCUCAUGCAUGAAGAUGAUGCUAGGGAUGAGUGGAGACGAUGACGAUGAAGCAUCAAAAAGCCAAUCAACCACUGAAGUCUCCAAAGUUGGACCUGCUUAAACUAUUUCAUUGUAAACGGAGAUCAACUGCACAAUAGAAACAAUAUCAAUUUUGAUACAAUAUGUCACUUUGU